CUGUUUUCGAGAGCGCACCGUAAACCCGACAUUUUGCUCGUAUAGAUUGACGGGCAGGCUAUUUAAUUAAUUUGUGAAGCGUGGAAAUGUACGCAGUGACCCAUUUCUAACAAAAGUGACAUAAUGGUAGCAUUUACAGAUGUUUAUCAUGGGAAAUCUUAAAGAUCCAUAAUAUGAUUGCUUAGGAAAGGUGUACUUUAUUUCCAGUUCUGGACUGUUUGUAAAUGGUUAUUUUAUAGUUUAGAUUAGGCUAUAACUAAACAAUAUAGGCAUAGACUACUUCAUUGUCACAGUGCAAUCCCUGUUUGGUUCUACACUUGUUCUAUUGGACGCGUCCUUUCUCCGAAGGGUGGCGUUUUACACCACUUUCGACAGAGUUCCUGAAAACGAAGGUCCCCUUCACCAGUGGUGUCAACCAUUCAGACUGCAUGCAAAAUCAGAAGGGGUGACUGUGAAAGAAUCGAGAGGCUGAAGUGUAGCGCAUUCCUCGAGAGAGAACCCGUUUCUCUCCCUGCCGGCUCCCAGUCAGGCAGCUUGGCCCCGACGCAGUAGUAGAUGCAUGAGUUCUGGCUGAAACUGGGAGCUUCGUGGCCAGUAGGGAAAUCAGAAGCAUUACUCUAACCGAAAUAGCGAGUAUUGUUGCGACAUCGAUUUCUAGGCUACUUUGCGUCGCAGAGAUUUAAUUUCGUCCGCAACUUUUUGUUCUCCGUUUUCGUGACCAUGGGUUCAGAGCAAACUCACUUGUACGGGUGGGCAUUGAUGAUAGUCGCGGUUUUCUGUCAACGGGGUCAUGAAAGUUGCCCGGAGGAAGAUUUGGAGAAAAGGGAAGAGGAGGCGAACGUGGUUCUGACUGGCACCGUUGAAGAAAUCAUGAACAUGGACCCAGUGCACAAUACCUACUCAUGCAAGGUGAGGGUAUGGCGGUACCUGAAAGGAAAGACCAUGGUCAAUGGCGAGGUUCUUUUGGACGGUGGAAACAAGGUGAUGAUUGGUGGCUUUGGGGACCCUGAGGUCUGCGACAACCAGGUUGCCACUGGCGACACACGCAUUUUCUUUGUCAACCUGGCUCCGGAGUUCAUGUGGCCAACGCACAAGAAUGAGCUGAUGCUCAACUCCAGCCUGAUGAGGAUUACCCUGCGUAACCUGGAGGAGGUGGAGCACUGUGUGGACGGAAUGGACUACAUCAAGGACCUGGAAGAACCCUUGCUGCAGCUAGGUGAUGGCACCAGUUCAUCAGAUGAGGACUUCUUCUCUGCAUUGAAGAUGUCUCAAAAAAAGAAAGCUCUAAACAGCAGGACGGACGUCUGGCCUGUUCAGCUGAUCAUAUGGAGUUGCUCAAGUCCUUCUUGGCAGUCUGUAAGUCUGUCUCUGUGGUUAAUCACACCCGUAGCUGCAUCAGCUGCCUGGAAAGCAAGGCUGGAUUCCAGAAACUUUGAAAACCAGCUUUUGCUGAAGGUGAUCCGUAAAUUCUUCAACUUCAAGUAAUGACAUCUUAAUACUACUAGCAAGCCCAAGGACACGGGUGCCUUAUGCGUUUUGUUAAUUUAUGUUUAAAAUUCACGUUAUAUGUGUCCUUGUUACAAAGACCUGAGACACUGAUUUCUAAUACAGUUCCAUCAGUGGUGAUGUCCUCAUAUUCCUACAGUGAGAUUGUGUUCGGUUCUGUACAUGUACUUUUUAUGUAAUGUAGGAUUAAAGCAACGUGACUGUACGUGUAAGUGCUUAAGUUUACUGGCUAUAUUACUUCAUUAUUAUUUUGUCUGUAAGAGAUGUAUUUAGUCUGUCAGAGAUGUAUUUUGAAGUGUUGCCUGUUUGAGAAUCAACAUUCCUUUUUAAAAAUCUAAACUUCGUGCAUCCUUUAGAAUGUUACCUUUAUGAAAAGCGCAUACCAAAUAAAAGGGCAGGCUGUUCUGCUUUUUGGAAUUACA